GAACACAGAUAGUUUUUUCAGGACGACCGGAUAUUUACAACGAUUUACCAUUUAUGAAUGUAUUAAAUUACAGUGAACAGACUUGUGUACAAGUUAGGAAUAAUUUAAAAUUGGUUUAAGGUAGAUAACGCGACGUGGAUGCAUCGAAGUUGAUGAUUUUUUAUAAUACAAGGGGCGAAUAGAAAAUAAACAAAUUUUCGUAGUGUUUUUGAGUGAGAAUACUGAAUUAUUUAUAUAAUGUUAAAUCCAUGUGUGAAACCUGAACCUCCCGAAGAUACUGUUGGUGAUGGUCGGUGGAUGUCGCAGCAUAAUCGAUAUCUUCAAGAAACGAAAACGAGCGAAUCGGAAGUUCUUUUCAUAGGAGAUUCGAUUAUUCAACAACUUCAGUUCACUUCACUGUGGAGUGAGAAAAUUAGUUCAUUACAUUGUAUUAACUUCGGAAUUGGGGGAGAUAGAGUAGAAAAUGUCUUAUGGAGAGUACGCAAUGGUGAACUGGAAUUUAAUUCCAAAAUUAAAGCUGUAGUUCUAUUCGUCGGUACAAAUAACAUUGAUUGUACUCCUCAUGAAAUAUACGAAGGAAUUCUGGAAAUUAUCAAAGAAAUUAAACGGCAACUUGGCAAUGUUGCCAUAGUUUUACCUACUCUGCUGCCACGUGGUCAUUACCCGAACCAAUACAGAGAACGGAACGAUCACGUGAAUACAUUUCUUCUAGAUAAAUUUUGCAAUGAAGCUAAUGCUGAUGAAGUCACCGAAAAUUGUCACGUUGUUGUCAUAGAUCACCAUAUAGUCGGCAAUGACCAAACGAUUUCCCAUCAUAUUAUGCAUGAUUAUUUGCAUUUAACUAACAGUGGAUAUUCUAAAGUAUUUUCCAAAGUUUACGAGAAAUUGUGCGAUCUAUUGAAUACACCGGUAAAAAAGUGAUAAUAGAUAGUUAAUAUAUACUUUUAAAAUGUUAUAUUCGAUUAUUAAAUGAUAUUUUGGCUUA